GUCAGAAGAAGCAUUGGUUCACGUCGCCUCUUCCCCAAGAAGGUCAAGUCCAGUCUCCACCUCCAGACUGACAUCCAUGGUUUGUCUUCUUCUUCUCUCAACCACAGGCUCAUCCUCGACAUCACUUCAAUCCUCAGCAGAACCCCGCGAAUCCGUCGAAUCCAUCGCCUCCCCAAUCUCCCCAGCAGAGUCCAUGACCGCCCAGUUCUCCAACAACCAGUUCCACUCCUCCGUCCGCUCCAUCCUCCGCGACCCCAAGACCCCUGGGUCAGGCCAGAAUGUCCGCUUCUUUGCCCGCCAGCGUUCCAAAACGCCCUCUGCCACCAGCGCAGACAACUCUGCCGCCUCUGAUCCUUCCUACUUUUCAGUGGGCUCGCGCGCCCGGUCACGCACUCCUGUCAUGGAGCUCUUCUCACCUCCCAACGAAGGUCGUAGUCAGGAUGCUCAGCGUCCCUCUAACCCACCUCAGGCGGACAACUCAAAUAUCUUCGACAUGUCACAAAAUGACGUCCCCGCCAUCCCUCAUGCCCCCGAAGACCCCGUUCAGCUUGAAGAGCCUGCUAAUUCCGAUGAACACAAGCAGCCCUUCACGUCCACACCUGCUCGUGCGCUACUUGAUGGCAUAAAAGAGCCCUCUGUCUUCAGCCCUCCUCUUCCGGCACAGGACGAGAAGCAAAAGUUCUCUUCUCUGUCUCGUAGCCGAGCCAUGUCCGACUCCGUUUUCUCGCGACUCGCUCGCGUCGCCUCUUCCCACCCACUCGUCGAGGUCGACAACGAUGACACCCAAACCCUCGCCAACGUCAGGUCCGGAGCUCGGACACCGCCUCCUCUCGCUCCUCCCGGCGGUCCAAGCAGUCCACCAGACCCCUUCCGCGCCAACGCAAACACAUACUACACUCCGGGAUCCGACGUCCCCCCAACACCCCCGCACGCCCUUCAGCGGCACACCUCCAACCCCUCCGGCUCCUCCAGCAGCACCCACUCACGCAGCGAUUCGGGCUCCUCCUCCGCGUCCAACGUCCACUCCCAGAUCAUCUCCCUCCGCACCCAACUCACCCUACACCAGUCCCUCGUCGCGCAAUACGAAGUCGACCUCGCCGCGCGCGACGAGAUCGUGCACUCGCUCCAGUCCUCGCUCUCCUCCGCCCAGGGCAAGCUCUCGGACGCCGACAAGCGACGACAACAAGUCCGCGCAUGGCGCAAACGCGUCGCGGAGCUCGAGCGCGUCGUGCGCGGGCUCGAGGGCGAGGUCGAGCGUUCGCGCGAGGAGUCGUUUGAGCGCAGCAUCAUGGACGAGGCGAGCGCGGGUGCGCUGCGCGCGCUGCAGACGCGCAUAUCGGAGCUGGAGCGCGAGCGCGAGACGAGCUGGCGCGUGUCGGGCGCGUCGUCGAGCGAUGCGAGUGCCAGCGCCAGCGCGAGCACGGGGCGACGGAGCGUGCUCAGCACGAGCGACGCGCACAGGGACACGCGCGAGGUCGAGGAGCUGCUGACGGUGCUCGCGGCGAAAGACGAGGAGAUCGCGCGCCUGCGGAGUCAGACGCUCGAGCAGACGGCGGAGGUGACAGAUAUGAUCAGCUCGAGCGUGUACGCCGACGCGCGCUCGCGCUCGCGUUCACGUUCCAUCGAAUCGCUGCAUCCGCAGAACUCCUCCGCCGAGGCGGAGCUCGAGCACGCGCGUGCGGAGCUCGACGCCGCCAGGCGGGAACUCGCGCGGCUGCAGGACGAGCGCGAGUCGUUGCACCAUGAUUUCAGCGCCGUGCAGCACGCGCAUGACGUGCUUACGCACGAGCACAGUACGCUGCGCGCGGAGCUCGAGGCGCAGUGGGCGCACACGGAGCGGAUGGGCGCGCAGAUUGCGGGGCUGCGUGGGGAGCGCGAUGCGGCGCUCGGCGAGAAGGAUGCGUUUGCAGCGGCGAACGAGGCGCUGGCGCAGAAGAAGAGUGUGUUGGCAGCUGAGGUGGAGGCGCUGCGCGCGGCGAGCGGGGAUAGUGCCGAGCUCGCGAGGAGGAAUGGGGAGCUCGAGGAGCUGCGUGUGGUGCUGGAGGCGCGUAUUUUGGAGAUUGAGGAGGGGUGGGUGACCAGUCAGAAUGAGCGGUUGCAUCUUGAGAGCGAGCGUGACGAGCUCACCAAACAGCUCGAGGACGCCCACUCCCAGAUCGACGAUCUUACUACCGCGCUGCAAGACCACUCGGAAAAGCUCUCCGACCUCGAGUUGGAGAAACUGAUGCUCCUGAACAACUACGCCCACAUCGAGUCCACAGUCGACGAGCGCAACACCGAGAUCAGCACGCUGCAGACGCGGGUCCGCAACACCGAAUCCGAAGCCGAGUCCCUCCGAGCACAGCUCUCCGCCGUCUCGCGCGAGCACAAGCGCGUCGCAGACGAGCAGUCGCGGCAGAUCGCGGAGCUCGCCGCGCGCGAGUCGGGCGUGCGCGCGCAGCUCGAGGCGCUGCUCCGCUCCGCCGCGGAGAAGGAUGGGCAGGAGGGCGAGGAGCUCGGCCGCGCGCGCAAACGCGUGCGCGAGCUCGAGAAGGCGAGCGCUGACAGGGAGUUUGAGGUGAUCCAGCUGCAGCGCGCGAACCAGAAGUGCAAGGAGGAUGCGGAGGGGAUGAAUAUUGCGUUGGACUCGAAGCAGCAGGAGCUUGAGCUGCUUAAACGCCGUAUGGGUGUCCGCGGAACAGCCGGGACCACGCCCGCGCCCGCCAAGAUCGCGUCCCGGCGCGAGUCCUUUGCGCCCUCGUCAGUUGCCAGCACCCCGUUCAUCCGCCCGGGCUCCGCCAUGUCGACCGCAUCGGAGACGCCCAGCGUCCGCGCGGGCGCACUCGCAACGAGCAAGCGCGUCAACGGCGCUCUUGCCGCUGCCGCUGCCGCUAAGGGCUCGACAGCUGCCAAGCGCUCUACACCCCCUACACGCGCAUCGCAGGCGCAGGCACAAGCUGCCACCGCCGCCGUACAGCGUUCAACCGGCGCUGGCCCGCGCGCCAAGUCCCCUGGUGUCGGCGUAGGCACAAGCGCGGGUGCAGCGUCGCGCCGUGUGUCGUUCUGGACCGAUAUUCUUGUACGCUUGCGAGACCGUUGUCGUUGUCAGAGCCAAUGUUGA